AUGGCUGACGUCCGGUCAAAGAACCUGUACGAGCUUCUCGGCAACGACCCCGAGCUUGACUCCGACAGAGAACCCGAGCCUCCUACCAAGACCAUCGACAAGCCAGCUCAACGUCAUGGCAAGCGUGAUGCUCCCAAGGAGGCCCCAGCUGCUCCUCCUGCUGCCCCUCGAGGUGGUGCUCGUGGCGGCCGUGGUGGACGUGAAGGCGGCAACGAGGGUGCCUUCCGUGACCGCAAUGCCGGAAGCUACAACAACCGCAACCGUCCCGUUGACGAAGUAAAGGAAGCCGGACGUCGUGGUUACCGAGGACGUGACGACCGUGGUGCUCGCACCCGUACUGACCGUCACCCCGUUCGCACCUCUCACACUGAUACCGAGAAGCAGGUCGGACAGGGCUGGGGUGCUAAGAAGGGCGAUGCCGAGUGGAACGACGAGAAGGCCGGUGAAGCCAUCGCCAAGGCUGAGGAGGCCGAACCCCAGACUCCUCUCGAAGGCGGCGAGGCUGCUGCUGCUGCCGAAGAAGCCGAUAAGGCCAAGUCCUACGCCGACUAUCUCGCUGAGCAGGCUGCUAAGGGUCGCGGCGAACUCGGUGUGAAGGAAGCCCGUGCCCCCAACGCAGGCAGCAAGGACAAGAAAUGGCAAAACGCCAAGGAACUCAAACGCGACGGCGAGGAGGAGGACUACAUCAAGCCUCAGGAAGAGAAGGGCAAGCGCGAGCGACAGCGCAAGGAGAAGAACUUCCUCGAAGUCGACAUGCGCUUCGUUGAGCAGCCCCGUGGCCGUGGCAACGGUCCCCGAGGAAGCGGUGGCCGUGGCCGUGGUACUGGUGGACGCGGUGGUCGUGGUGAUGGCCCUCGCCGUGAAGGUGGUGGUCGUGGCGGCGCCGCUACUGGUCCUACUGUCCAGGUCGACGAGAAGAACUUCCCCAGCUUGGGCGGUAAAUAA